CGCCAGCAUGCUGACGAUUAUCAUUGUAACUAUGUCGUGACGAAUAUAUUCUUGUAGAAAGGCUCUCAUUUCAGAGAUUUGAAAUUUUUUUCAUACCUCAUCGAUAAUAUGAAAAGCAGUGUCGGUAAGAAUGAUGAAAUAAGUUCGAAGAUUGUCGGCAAGAAUUUCCUCAAACUCAGUCAGAAGGGCGAUUUGAGAGGUUUGCAAGAACUCGGAUCAAAAAACGAAAUUGCUGACUGGACGGUAUAUCGUCAUGAAGUUUCUGGUGACACCCCGUUGCAUCUGGCCGCACGCGAGGGCCGCAUCGAGGUCGUUAAAUACCUAUGCGAAUCCUGGAAUGAGCCAAGUUUCAGGAUAGAAGUCGUUAACAAGGAUUUGAAAAGGCCGAUUCACGAGGCGGCGCAAUUUGCGAGGUCGAAUGUGGUCCGAUACUUGAUCGACAGAGGCGCAUCCGUCGAUCCGUUGAAACGAGCUGAUUGGACGCCGUUGAUGCUGGCGUGUACGAAGAGCGACGAGGAAGCUGGAAAUUGCGUGGAUAUACUUUUGAAAAACGGAGCGUCUACAGAUUUGAAAAAUAAAGACGGAUGGACACCGCUUCUCGUCGCGUGUCGCACCGGGAAUGUUGAAACUGUUAAAAAUAUAUUGAAAUACUCACCCGAAAGCAUCAAUGUUGAAAGCAAAAAUGGGAGACGUCCGUUACACGUUGCGGCUUUUCAUGGGAACAAAAACGUUAUGGAAAUAUUGCUGUCGCUCGAUCCUGGUCAGAUAAAUUGCAAGGAUUCUUCAGGUGCAACGCCGCUUUUCGAGUCGAUAAAAAGCGGCGAUUCAAGUGCAUUUGAAUACCUUAUAAAAUCUUCGGCUGAUUUUAAAACAAAAGACAACGUUGGUCAAACUAUUUUGCACCUUGCCGCCCAAUCCGGAAAUAUCCAAGUGAUAAGAUUCAUACUGGAGAAUAAACUAGUCGACGUUAACUGCGAAGCUUCGCUGGGAAUAACGCCGAUCAUGUUAGCCGAAAAAAACAAGCAGCCACAUGCGAUUGAAGUUCUACAAAAAUUUCAAUAAUUCUUGAAUAUCGUUAAAUAAAAAAUUUCAUCCAGA